CAGCGCCUAAGGACUAAAACUAGUAAAAGGAACCUUUUCUGGUUUUGAUUUCCCUUUGGCACUAAUAGGCUUCCGUCCGUCUUUUGAGGUGUUCUGCCAGCGGGGGACAGCUUUGAUCAUGAGCGAGCGUGUUUAGAUAAUAAAUGGGUAAUUGACGAAGCGCUCACGCGAAGCCUCAUGCCCUCCCGGUGAUUUAUGGAUCAGGAGGGGACACAGGCAUCUGACGAUUGUUUAAUUGGAACAAGACGACGGGCUUGUCUGGCCAGGGCUCGCCGCUGCGCGCUCACUCCCGCUGUACCCUCCCGUGCUGUACACGCGCGCUAAGGACAAUCUCAUCCACGGGACCAUGGCUCGUCUGUCUGUAGUGUUCGCGCUCCUACUCCUGGGAUCCUUGUGCGCGGGGUCACCCUUCCAAGUGGGGAAACUUCGCGGCCUUCUCAGAGCCCGACGGGACAGCUCUUCGGAGGGAGAAGCAAGCAAGGAAGUUCGGCAGGGUGUGAACUCAAUUCCUUCACGGACAGCAGGGCAGUCUGUCCCGUCACGUUACCCAUACCCAACGUAUCCACAGCCGUCCCCGCAGACGGCAUCCCGGCCAGCUCCCCAACCGUCCCCGCAAACGGCGUCGCGACCAGCUCCUCAACCGUCCCCGCAAACGGCAGCUCGACCAGCUCCACAACCGGUGCCGUACCCCUAUCCAUACCCACAACCGUCCCCACAAACGGCAGCUCGUCCAGUUCCACAACCAUCCCCGGCACAAACGGCGUCGCGACCAGCCCCACAACCGUCCCAGCCAAGGGUAUCGCCACCAGUUCGAUCGCCGGUGCGAGUACCAUACGUUAGCUACCCGUAUCCACAACCGUCCCCGCAAACGGCACCUCGCCCAGUUCCACAACCAUCCCCGGCACAAACGGCACCUCGCCCAGUUCCACAACCUGUGCCGUACCCCUACCCGUAUCCACGACCGGUCCCAGCGCCAGCACCUAUCCCAAGACCAGCCCCAGUGCCAGCACCUGUCCCAAGACCAGCCCCAGUGCCAGCACCUAUUCCAAGACCAGCCCCACAACCAGCUCCAGCGCCACAGCCGGUACCGUACCCCUACCCCUACCCGUAUCCACAACCCGCCCCAGCCCCGCGACCGGCCCCAGCGCCGCAACCGGUGCCGUACCCCUACCCGUAUCCACGACCGGCCCCAGUGCCGGCACCUGUCCCAAGGCCAGCCCCAGUGCCGGCACCUGUCCCAAGACCAGCCCCAGUACCGAGACCAGCCCCAGCGCCGCAACCUGCACCGUACCCCUACCCGUAUCCGUACCCACAACCAGCACCGGCGCCUAGGCCAGCUCCAGCGCCGCAACCGGUGCCGUACCCCUACCCGUACCCGUACCCAAGGCCAGCACCUGUCCCAAGACCAGCACCAGUCCCGGCACCUGUCCCAAGACCAGCACCUGUCCCAAGACCAGCGCCGGUACCAGUUCCAGCACCUGUCCCCGCACCUGCACCUGUCCCCGCACCUGCACCAGUCCAGCCACCUCUCUACUACCCAGGUGGCAGCUCCUGCCCUCCCACCUGCACGGACCAGUCCAACAACCCCGUGUGCGGCUCGGACGGGAGGAAGUACAAGAACUCCUGCUACCUUCAGAUCGCCGCCUGCGUCUCGGGACGAACAAUCACAGCCGCAGGAGCGCCGCCUUGCAAAGCCGCUGCCGCUCCCAAUCCCGGGCCUAGCCCAAAGCCUGAUCCCAAGCCUGCUCCAAAGCCUGCACCAAAGCCCACGCCAAAGCCUGCACCAAAGCCCACGCCAAAGCCUGCACCAAAGCCGGCAUCAAAUCCAAAUCCAAAACCUGAUCCAAGGCCGGACCCCAAGACCAAUUCUGGAGCACAGGUCGGAUGCACGAAUGAAGAGUUCAUGUGCACCAGCGGGACGCAGUGCGUCUAUCACAAGUACAGAUGUGACGGGGAGACCGACUGCAAGGACGGCACGGAUGAAGUCAGCUGCCCGACGCCGAACCCCUGCAUGUACAACCAGUUCCGGUGUAAGACUGACGGGAAGUGCAUCCCGAUCGUGUACCAGUGCGACAAGACCAAGGACUGCACAGACGGGUCGGACGAGGACGCUCCCUGUCCCGGCGCCCCCAAACCGACUCCAAAGCCUGCUCCAAAACCGACGCCAAAGCCUGCUCCAAAACCCACACCGAAACCUGCUCCAAAGCCCACAGCGAAGCCAACGCCCAAGCCGACACCAACAACCUGCUACGAGAAAUGCCACAAACACACAGCACAGUGUGACGCUUUAGAUAGAUGUGUGAACUGCCAGCACAACACGGAGGGGUACAAGUGUGAGCGGUGUAAGGCCGGGUACUGGGGAGACUCGACCACAGGCACGCCCCAGGACUGCCUACCCUACGCAGUGUAUGGCGGGAAGGUACCGACGUCAGGCGCCAAGCCGCAGCCGCCCUUGCCAUCCACAAAGUGUGACUGCAACAAGAACUCCGACAAGUGUGACCCACAAGGCAACUGUUUGGACUGCAAGAACAAUACGGAGGGAAAGAAGUGUGACCGCUGCAAGGCCGGGUUCAGAGGAGACGCCACCACGCAACAGACCUUCAGGUCAUCCGCACGGUGGAUCUCUAGACCCCAGAGAGCUUCUUCGGCAGAGACCGCAAACAAGUUACAAACGGGUCAGAGGGUACGACGGGGUUCUCGGGCCCCGGCGUUUUCCCAGCCGCCAGCAGAGGGUCUGAUGUGGUUUCCCGGGAAACGUUUCCGAUGUGGCGAAGACGGCUGCGACAAGGAUUUCCGCACCAUGCGCGGACUGGCCUAUCACUGGAGGUCUCACAACAAGCCCCUGAGAUACUACAGGUGCAAGAGGUGUGGCUUCCACAGCCCGGACAAGGUGCUGGCAGAUGUUCACAGGGCAGUCUUCCACAAACAUCCCCGCAAACACCGUAACGACAUCGGCACCAGCUCGACCUGCGCACGGGUCUGGUCCAGUUCGCGGCAUCCUGACAAAAGUGCUAGCAAGAAAAGUGCAGAGGACACCAGAUGCAGUGAUCCUGACUACAACGUCGGUAACAUUGUUCAUGUCACAGUGUGCGAAGAUAUGAACAACAACACCGAGAACAACACCUCUAAAGUGCCUUGUAAGUCCGACGACAUGGGCGUCCGUUUGGCUGUGUUCCUCGGCCUCCUGUUCACCACAUGUGCGGAGGACGAGUCGUCAGGCUCCUGGGUGUGGAAGCGGCUCUGGCAGCCCCACGUUGACGGCAUCUGCAGCGCCCUUUGCCCGCAGGACGAGGUGACCCCCUGCCCCACCACCCCUCCCGAGCCCACCCCGCCCAUCCCGCCGGAACCUACCGACUUCUGCCAAAAGAACCCGAAGACGCUGGCGUGUCAGCUAGUCGCCACGGAUCCUGAACUCGCCAUCCGAUUCUACAAGGAGAAUCAAUGGGCCUUCCUCCGGGAGGGCGCCCGGCACAAGGAGGACACCCCAACCGACCAGGACGUCGUGAUCUCCGAAGAACAAGAGCAAGAACAAGUACAAGUGCGGGACGAUGAAGAUAGAGCCGGUGCGAGGAAAAAGAUCCGGGAGUGGAAACAGGCGUGGGGAAGCGACCAGGACAGCGAGGGGAGCGACGGGAACGACGGAGUUAUUAUUCCUCAACCGGAAAUGACGUACGGUCACCGACGAUAUUCCAGCUGGUCCUCGUCCCGAUCGAUUGUGACAGCUCGUCCGGACGCCAUCGUCGGCGAAGGUGCGGUGAUCCGAGGGCAGUUCCGGCCCGUGACGGUGAAGAUGAACAUGAACGUGCGGCGGCGCGGCCAGGUGAUGCGGUCGACGUUCCGGACCCACCGGCGGGAGCAGGGGGAGACCGUGAUGCAGCCGGGUGGCGGCGAGCAGCAGGUCCAGCGGAGCGGGGAGACGGUGUGGCGGCGGCGGGAGGUACGGCGGAGGCAGGCCCGGCAGGCCCCGGUCACGGCGGGAGCCUGCAGAAGUCAGGGGAAGAUCACCACGCCCCGCAGGGUCAGGGUCGAUGGGAAGUGGCAGGACUUUGAACUGUACAGUUUCCAGGUCGGUCGGAGCGUGUUCCAGCGGUUCUACGCCGUGUCGUGUGUGGACAGGAAGCCCGUGACCCACUGUGACUGCGGAGGCGUCUGUCAGGACAAAUUCUCACAGUUCGUCGCCUUGCAGAUCUACAAGGAUGACAACAAUGACAUCAAAGUGCGCCCUCGGCUGGUGGAGGUACCGACUUGCUGCGAAACUCCACCAAUGAAGGUCAAUCUCGUCCUCAUCCUGACCAUGACAGGGUGGGUCAGAGGUCAGAUCACCCUACUAGGGGAGAGGCGGCGGGGAACGGUGGACAAAAUCUGCCGGACGUUCUGCCCCGACUGUUCCCCGUCUAUUCUCGGGGGAGCGACGUCGUCGUCGUUGGAAGCGACCGACUACUGCCGACGGAACCCGACCGCGCUCUCGUGCGAACUCGCCAGGCGUGACCCCGAGAGGGCGAUUCGCGUCUUUCAGGACAACCAGUGGGCUUUUAUCCGGGGUGGACCCUCGGACGAGGAAGAACCUGCCGAAAAUGAUAACUUUGCUGAACGGGAAGGAACGACGGUUGGUGGAGGGGGACAGGGGGGUUUCGUACCUGGAAGUUCGCGCUCCGGUGUAGCUGUAGGUGAAGUCGUAACUUUGAACCAACAGGAAGGCGGAGAAUUAACUUCAACCGUCCUCACGGGCACCGACGCGCAAGGAGGAAGACCUACGGGGGGUAGAGAUGGAGGAACUUUGGAAGAAGUGACCCGCGGCAACCCGGGCGGGGGAUCGUCCAGUGUUGUUGUGACAGGAGGAGGGUCGCAGGGGGUGGUUCUUUCUGAAGGGGGGUUGGAAGGAAGGGUUGUUAUUGGAGGGGGGUCCGAAGGAAGGGUUCUUACAGGAGGGGGGUCGGGAGGCAGAGUAGUGACUGGAGGGGGGUCCGAAGGGAGAGUACCAGAGAGGGUAGGGACGAGGUUCGGACCAGACCAGAGCCAUGCUAGGCACGCCCGCGCGGUGACCUGGAUGGACGUGUGCCGGACUCAGGGUACGCUGGUGACGCCGUCUCGCGUGUAUCUGAACGGCGCCUGGACAGACAUAGAGCUCUACAGUCUACAGGUACGGAGAAGUGUGUUCCAGCGGUUCUACGCCGUGAAGUGUGUGGAGAGCACUCCCACGGCCAACUGCCAGGGGGAGUGUCGGGACAAGCGCUCGCAGUUUCCCGCGCUGGAAAUAUACAAAGACGGCAACGACGACUUACAAGUUCGUCCCCGACUGGUGGACGUGACGACAUGCUGCCAACUGCUGAUCUCAGCGUAAAACACUUCCUCGGAAACCCGCUCGUCCAUACAUCAAACAAAUAAAAU